AGGGGACCGAGGAGUCACGAAGCCUCCUCCACUGGGGACCGCCUCCCCUCGGAGUGGCCGCCCCUGUUUGUUCCGAAUUAUCAAACGGGAGCUCAGGUCAAACAGCCACCCACAGGUCUCCCCGUGGACUCUCUACAGCUAUGAAACCUACAUAGUGGGCCGCCACGAUGCUUCUCCUGUUGGCCACAGGAGAAUGAGGACAAGUUGGCUUUGGAGUGCUGGGAGCAACUGCUGAGCACCCGGUACCCCCAGCCUGCCCCCUGGAGAGCCCACAACACACAAUGAACAAACUGACCUUCCAUAACAACAGAGUCAUGCAGGACCGUCGAAGCGUGUGCAUUUUCCUUCCCAAUGAUGAGUCCCUGAACAUCAUCAUAAACGUUAAAAUUCUGUGUCACCAGUUGCUGGUCCAGGUGUGUGACCUGCUCAGGUUAAAGGAAUGUCACCUCUUUGGUCUCAGUGUUAUACAAAAUAAUGAACACGUAUAUAUGGAGUUGUCACAAAAGCUUUAUAAGUAUUGUCCAAAAGAAUGGAAAAAAGAGGCCAGCAAGGUACGACAAUACGAAGUCACUUGGGGCAUCGACCAGUUCGGGCCUCCCAUGAUCAUCCACUUCCGGGUGCAGUACUAUGUGGAGAAUGGCAGACUGAUCAGUGACCGAGUCGCGAGGUAUUACUAUUACUGGCACCUGAGGAAGCAAGUCCUGCACUCUCAGUGUGCGCUCAGAGAAGAGGCCUACUUCAUGCUGGCGGCCUUUGCGCUGCAGGCUGAUCUCGGGAACUUCAAAAGGAAUAAGCACCGCGGGAAGUACUUUGACCCGGAGGCUUACUUCCCUGCAUGGGUUGUUUCCAAGAGGGGGAAGGAGUACAUCCUGAAGCACAUUCCAAACAUGCACAAAGACCAGUUUGCACUGACGGCCUCGGAGGCGCAUCUGAAGUACAUCAAAGAGGCCGUCCGGCUGGAUGACGUGGCCAUCCAUUACUACAGACUGUACAAGGAUAAAAGGGAAGUUGAAGCUUCACUGACCCUGGGACUGACCAUGCGGGGAAUACAGAUUUUCCAGAAUCUAGAAGAAGAGAAACAAUUGCUGUUUGAUUUCCCCUGGACAAAUGUUGGGAAGCUGGUGUUUGUGGGCAAGAAGUUUGAGAUUUUGCCAGAUGGCCUUCCCUCCGCCAGGAAGCUGGUCUAUUACACGGGGUGUCCCACACGCUCCCGGCAUCUCCUGCAGCUCUUGAGCAACAGCCACCGCCUGUACAUGAACCUGCAGCCUGUCCUGCGCCACCUCCGGAAGGUGGAGGAGAACGAAGAGAAGAAGCAGUACCGGGAAUCCUACAUCAGCGACAACCUGGACCUUGACAUGGACCAGCUGGAAAAGCGCUCUCGCGCCAGCGGGAGCAGCGCGGGCAGCGUGAAGCAUAAGCGCCUGUCCCGUCACUCCACUGCCAGCCACAGCAGCUCACACACCUCGGGCAUCGAAGCCGACACUAAGCCCCGGGACCCAGGCCCCGAAGACAGCUGUUCAGGCAGCGCCAUGCACCGCAAGCUGAAGACCUGCAGCUCCAUGACCAGCCAUGGCAGCUCGCACACCUCAGGGGUGGAGAGUGGCGGCAAAGAGCGCCUGGAAGAGGACUCGCAGGAUGAUGAAAUAGAGAUGUUGGUCGAUGACCCCAGAGACCUGGAGCCAAUGACAGAAGAGUCGCUGGAAGUCAGCCCCGACGUGUGUAUCUACAUCACAGAGGACAUGCUCCUGUCAAGGAAGCUGAACGGGCACUCUGGACUAAUUGUGAAAGAAAUCAGUUCUUCCACCUCCAGCUCUUCAGAAACGGUUGUCAAGCUGCGUGGCCAGAGCACCGACUCCCUUCCGCAGACUAUAUGUCGAAAACCAAAGACUUCCACCGACCGACAUAGCCUGAGCCUUGACGACAUCAGACUGUACCAGAAAGACUUCCUGCGCAUCGCAGGCCUGUGUCAGGACACUGCUCAGAGCUAUACUUUUGGGUGUGGCCAUGAACUGGACGAGGAUGGCCUCUACUGCAACAGCUGCUUAGCUCAGCAGUGCGUCAACAUCCAAGAUGCUUUUCCAGUCAAAAGAACCAGCAAAUACUUCUCUCUGGACCUCACUCACGACGAGGUCCCAGAGUUCGUAGUGUAAGUCCCACCCGUAGGCAGCCCUGCGGGCAGCUGCUGUCUGCUGGGGGCUGUGGAGUCCGGGGUUCUUUACAUACUAUUUGUGCCAUAUUUUUUCACCCCCAAACUUAGCUCUUUCUUUAUAAUAUCCGUGAUGGAAACAAAAGCCUUGGGACGAUGCACUUUAAGUAUUAUGCAGAGGUAGAAGAUACCCAGACUGUAAAAGGGAGACAAGUGCCCGAUGUUUAUUGACCCUUUGGAAGGAAGUAUGCUUUAGAGCUUACCCAGCUUCCAGACUGUUAAGGUUGUGGUGUGUGUGUUCAUCUCUUGUUUUCUAGUUCAAAUCAUGUUUAUCACGUGAAAGAUGUCCGGCUUAUCUGUUUGCUUGUGAGGGUUUUUUUUUUUUUUUUUUUUUUUUUUUUUGUUGUUGUUGUUUGUUUUUUUGUUUUGUUUUUGUUUUUUUUUUUGUUUUUCCGCCACUCCCCCAUGGAGCGCUUAUGGUUUGAGGGAGGACGGAGGGAAGCUCUCUCUUCUUUCAUGGAGAGCCGUUCUCAGUACAUAGCCAUUGCUGCCUCACAGAGGUUGGCCAAGAAUGAACACUGCUGAAGUGAUGGGAGCCUGUGGUUCUAGCCAAAGAUGAGUACGUAACGGAGGCGCUCCUCGGAGUACAGGAGACGUGUGCCGGGACUCCUCCACACCCGGACAAUGAAUGCCACAGCCGCUGUUCUUCCAGGAAGCUCUGGGAUUCGCUGGUGUUCAUGACAUGGUGCGUUUUGUGGAGUUUACAAAGCUGGUAUAUGUUCAAAACAAUGGAAAUGUCUUAGAAAAAGUUUGUUUGCUGGUAUUUUCUUGGUUGUUUUUUUAAUGCUGGCAAACAGAUGGUACUGCUAGUUUCUGCUUUAAAAAGAUACCCUAACUGUAUGUAUAUGUUAUACAUAUAUAGAUACAUGGGACUAUGUGUGUUUAUAUGUGUUUAAAGCUUAAUGACUCUUCAUCUGGACUUCCAUGUAUGUCUUACACACAUCGAAUUCCUUGUUUAAUGUUGAGGACACAUUGUUGAAAGAAUAGCCAGACAAUCAGUUGAUAAAUGUAGAGUUCAGAGCGACUUUCCUUGUGUGCCUUUGGCCAAGAUCCUCAACCCUGAUUGCAUACUAAGACUUAUCUGGGGAGCUUUUAAAACGAGCCUGGGUCCUACCCCAGGCCAAUUUAAAUCAGUCUCUUGGGGGUGGGGCCCAGGUGAAAUUGUCCUUUCUUGUAAAGCUUACCAGGUAGAAAUAAUGCACAGUAGGAUUAGAGCCCACUGAUCCAAGAGUGUCUUUUUAUUAAUUUUGAAAUAAAAGUAUACAGAGGAUAUUAGUGAUUGUGGAUGGGCCAUUUUUAAGACAAGUUACUGCCCUGCUGCUGUUACAAUGUGUAAUGAAACCAAGCCAGGAAAAUGAGUUUAUCAACUUGAUACGCAGUGAAAAUGUUGCUCCCACUUCAGGAGAGAACCUCAUAGCACAAUGUCUUUCUAGGGGAUGUUUUUAAUGAUUUAGUUAGUAUUUUACAGCAUUUGUUUACCAUAUUUUGAUACUCCAUUUUUGCUAUCUGCCAGGUUUUAUUAAAAAAAAAAACUAUGUAUUAUUUUCUAAAGAAACUCAUAUUUUUGUACAAAAUUAUGUUUUCAAGUAAUGAAGAAAUAGAUUUAGGGUACGGCAGAACAUGAGCAGUGUUCCCUGUGGAUGGGAGUCAGUGUUACAGAACCGGGGGGGGCCACAAUCCUGCCCCCCCCCCCCAGCUGCCCUCCUGUGCAGACACAGCUUCAACAGAGUCUCACCCACCAACUCUUACCUGACCCUUUCAAGAGAAGAAAAAAAAGUUCUGUGAUCAUGACAUUGUUUUGCUUUUGCCUAAUGCUUUUAGAAGAACCAAAGUUUCUGAUACCAGAAUGUAUCUCAGUCUCCUUGCAGAAGGAUGAAUGUCAAAGGGAUGACCUCAUGACUUCUUUUGCUUACGAAUCAUUACAUAAUCUCACCAUUUUUUUUAUAGACCCUUAGGGGCCAGACCCUGGUGAAGUUUGUACCCUCGAAAGCCCAGAUUGCCAUGCUGUGUGUUCCCACAGCCCUCAGCAUCACUUGCAGAUACCAAGAUAAAAAGGUCGCUUCAUUGAACAGGUCAUGUUCUAUACCUUUCCCCCUCUCUGCUCCAGAAUCCAGUCUCCAGGGUUUUGCCUGUGGAGUUGCUUUUCAUUCACUCUCCUUUGGUUGGAUUUGGGAAUAGCCUUACGGAUUUUUUCAAAGAUGAAAAGUGCUAGGGCACAUUUUUCACUUUCUGAUCCAUGGUAGAAUCGUACACAGAUAUGUUUGUGAAAAUCCACUUUGAAUAAUUGACAUUUUUGUAUUGGGGAAAUUGUUUUUAAGAAUAAAGGAAAAGUGUACAGCUGUCACUAUGCUGCCUUUGUUAACAUGUCGGUUGCUGGUAAUACACCAGUUUGGUGUAUGUCACCUUCCCACAUCAUCUGUGUUUGUGUUCGCAACAGUGAGCUUUAUAUCUAAGUAAGCUAUAAAUAGUCCUUUCUGUGAAAGGAUCGUCAUGAUGGGUUGAUAUUGAAAGUAUGUUUAAAACAAAAACAAAAAAAACUUGCAUUAUUUUGUAAUUAUUUCUUAUAGGUGUUUCAUGGUAAGAUCGGCAGUCAAUAAAGUUAACUUUCAGCCUU